ACUUAGUCUCCUCUAAAUGCAUGAGCUCUUUUUUAUUACUAAUCGUUAUUGCAUGUAUAUAAGUGUACUAUAAGUACACACACACACACACACACACACAUAUUCCUAAAUAUAACCAAUUAAGUCAGUAUAAUGAUACCUAUAUGUGGAGCUUUGCUGGAUUAAGUUGAAGUCUGACAUCUUUGGUUGGCCAUUUGGGCUCCAUCUAUGAUGGUGGACUCCAUUUUCUCAGUGAGGUUCUAAAAGUUUCUCCAGAUCUGAGUGAUCCUAAAUUUUGUAAGAGUGUCACAUAGCCCUCAGGGAAGAUUAUAGGCCAUAUCCUUUCUUGAUAAGGAACUGGUCCAGCAAGCAUCUGGGAAUUCCUAGACAUACACCACCCUGCUAAGGAUCUUAGUCUUCAGCAGUGACCUUCAAUGGUACUUGGAGAUUCUCCCACCCACAGGAUAAUUAGGUAUUGUAUUCUCCUUCUUGUGAUAGGACCAUGUUACUGCAUGGAAAAUGAGGCACCGUACCACUAGAUGUAAACCAAGUAUCCCUGACCCCUUGACCCCAGUGAAUCAAACAAAUUCACCCUCAAAGUCUCUCCCACUGUCCAAGGUUUACAAAUCUCUGAUUUCAAAUAAACUUGCUGGCUGGUUGCUUCGUAAUACCAUCAGACUUCCACCAUGGCUGCAGGAGAGUCCUCAUUUAUGCCCUAUUGUGCCUCCUCUCACCAGACCUGCCUCUGGCCCACUAGGCCUGGGCCUCACCAUGUGUCUCAUUAGCUACAAGCUGACCAGGCAUGGGCGUUUUCCCGUCCCUCUGCCAGCACAGCAGCUUAACCAAGAGUUGUAACACUUUGGAAUCGUCCUGGGCUUUGGAAUGUCUGAGCUUCCAUUGCCACCAGCAAUCUCGUUCUGAAAGAGUUAGCUAAAUUGUUACGGUCUUGGAAAAUCCUUUCCACACCCUGGCCUAGGGCACACAGGUCUCAACCUAAAGCACUCGAACAGAGUUCCUGAAAUCCGGAACCAGUCAUCUUCUACUAUAGGGAAGCCUGGGCUUCCAGCACGACAUUCUACCCUUCGGAAUCCAGCAGCCCCAGUGCCACGCCCAACAGCAUGCCUCAUCCCGAAGACCUUCCCAGGCCCCCACUGGACAGAGAAGAACACCUAUAUCUAUGUAUCGGGCCUAAAUAGAUAUUUUAAAUACUUAAUAUAGCAAGCAAAACAAAAGUGCUGGGGGACACUAAUACGCAACAAUACACUGAAAGGUUUGACUGUAGGAAAAGGAAGUGGGGCAUAGAAAGUAAAAGGUACUUAGAAUUAACCCACUGCACUUUUAAAAAAUCAGAUGAAGUACUCUCAGAAGAAUACAAAGGAGUCCAUUUUUAUCCUGUUGAGACCUUCCACACAGGUUAUAAAAACACCAAAGACAUUCUGAGACAUACGUGCAGAGGGUUGGCGGAGGCGGGUACAGUGGGAAAGCUGCUCCUGUCCACCCUGUGUGACUCCCCUGACUGCUCUCUGUGGGGAGCUUGGGUCAUUAAACCCUGAGUCCCCUUUAAUUGAUCCUAAGAGCUUUCUCCUUGAGUUUCUGUCCCAGGAGACACCAGGACUUGAUCUCAGAAAUCACAGGUAUUCCUGAAGGUCAAUGACCUCUACACAGAGGAAGACAGUGCUUCAGAGAGACACUAAAGACCUGGUGCUUGCGGGAAAGGAGAGUCUGUGGACAGCACGUGUGAAAGCCAGCUGUCACCUGAAUCCACUGUGACAUGGAAAGGCUGCCGAGACAGCGCAUGCAGAAAGCUGCUCCUGACCCUUCUAUACAGUCUACUGUGGGCAAGUAUUCGAGAGUCCCAAGCUACAAUUCCCAUCCUGAGCCUAGAGGAGCUUCCCAUGGCUCCUGGGAACCAGUCGGUUGUGACCAUGUUUAUCCUGCAAAGCUUUGUGGAUGACCCCUGGAUCCAGGAUGCCCUCUUCUGCCUCUUCUUCGCCUUGUUCGUGGUGUCCAUACCUGGCAAUGGGCUGAUCAUCAUGACCAUCCACAGCAGCUCCAACCUCCACACUCCCAUGUACUUCUUCCUAGUCAACCUGGCCCUGAUGGAUGUGAUCUGCACCGUGACUGUCUUGCCCAAGGUCCUGCAGAGCCUGGUAGCAGAGAACACCAUCUCUUAUGGGGGAUGCCUCACACAGAUGUUCAUCUUCUCCUCGGUCCUGGGCUCUGAGCUUCUGCUUUUCUCUGCCAUGGCCUAUGACCGCUACCUUGCAAUCUGCCGGCCAUUGCACUAUGGUACCCUCAUGAGUGGCAGGGUCUGUGUGGCCCUUGCAACCUUUGUGUGGUUCACUGGAGCUCUCAACUCCUUGGUGCUCACCUGUCUGGUAUUGCCACUGGCCUUCUGUGGUCCCAAUCUCAUCACACACUUCUUCUGUGAGAUCCCUUCUGUGCUCAUGCUGUCCUGCAGCCCCACCUUCAUCAACGACAUCAUGACAGUCAUUGCAGACAUGUUCCUGACUGGCCUGAACUUUCUGUUGACCAUGGCAUCCUAUGGCUUCAUCAUUGCCAGCAUCCUGCGCAUCCGCUCAGCUGAGGGCAAGAAGCGUGCCUUCUCCACCUGCUCUGCCCACCUGGUUGUGGUCACCCUUUAUUAUUCCACCGUCCUAUAUACGUAUAUCCGGCCAGCUCUGGGGACUGCUGGACCCCUGGACAAGGCCAUUGCCGUUCUGUACACCUCUGUGACCCCACCUCUGAACCCCCUCAUCUAUACCCUGAGAAACAAGGAGUUCAAAGCAUCCUUUAAAAAACUCUUAUUUCCGCAUUGAUGACUUUGAGCUUGGAGAAGAACUCUGGAAUCAGUGGGUAAGGAGCUAAAAUGUCACCCAAGCCCUCCUUUUUGUAACUCCUGACUCUGGAGGACACAGGCUAAGUGUGUCCUAGAAGAGCUAGAAGAGCUGUUCACAGUUUGUAAAAGGAAAAUCAGACUGUCUACCAGAUAAUACUAGUGUUCUACUCUUUUGAAUGUUUUAGAUAGCUCUAACCAUUUCUAGUUCAUGCAAAAAAAUGUAUGCUUAUUAGUUCAAUGCUAUUAAAUGUUAAGAUAUUUCUAUGACUCACUGAAUCAAAUCUAGUUAGAUCUUCAGUGUAGUCAAAGUGAACCCUGUUUAAAAAUUUUUGACCCUCUGCAGUAAAGGUCAAGAGUGAAUAGUUACAGGGAUAAAGAAUAAUGAAUCAUGCUCACACUUCUAGAUAUUUCUUGGCCUGAUUUGGCUGUUUUCAUCUUUCUUAUUCUUAUCUCAGAGGUUCCCCUGGCACUUGGUUCAUUCACCAGGUCGAGGGAAAAAAGUCCUCAUAGAGGACCUGAGUUAGAGUCUGAAUCUGAGAGCCUCUGAUCCCUGUGGGACCUUCCCUGAUGCCAACAUCCAAAUAUAUGAGACCAGAGCCAGACAAUUGUUUGUUGGGCUCAUCUCAGACCCCAUUUUAUUACAGAGGUUUGCUAGAUCAUAACUCUAUCUUGUACCUCAGUAGAUCUCCUGCCUGGAUGAGUUUUGUGUGACCCAACCAUCAUGAAGGGUUACUAUUAUUCAACACUGCAUGUAGCAUGUAACAUUAACUGAAACGAUCUCUGUUCCUGUGUCAGGAACUCAGAAAUAAAGAGUUUAAGAUGCA